GGGUCCGCUAGGCGUCGCCUCCCAGCCACCCGCCGCACCAUGGGCAGCGCGGAGGACGCAGUCAAAGAGAAACUGCUGUGGAACGUGAAAAAGGAGGUGAAGCAAAUCAUGGAAGAGGCUGUCACCAGGAAGUUUGUGCAUGAAGAUAGCAGCCACAUCAUUGCUCUAUGUGGCUCAGGUGCUGUUUUCCUUUGUGGCCCAGGUGCAGUGGAGGCUUGCUUCCUGCAUCAGCUGAGACGCCGUGCCGCUGGCUUUCUGCGCAGCGACAAGAUGGCAGCCCUGUUCACCAAGGUGGGGAAGACGUGCCCGGUGGCUGGGGAGAUUUGCCACAAGGUACAGGAGCUGCAACAACAAGCAGAGGGCAGGAAACCCUCAGGGGGAAGCCAGGAGGCUCUGCGGAGACAGGGCUCAACCAGCGGGAGGGCCCCAACCCUCAGCCCGCAGGCCUUGAAACACAUAUGGGUACGCACAGCGCUCAUCGAGAAAGUCUUGGACAGGGUUGUGCAGUACCUAGUGGAAAACUGCAGCAAGUACUACGAGAAGGAGGCUUUACUGGCAGACCCUGUGUUUGGCCCAAUCCUGGCCUCUCUUCUAGUGGGACCCUGUGCCUUGGAAUACACUAAGCUCAAGACAACUGACCACUACUGGACUGACCCCUCUGCUGAGGAGCUGGUCCAAAGGCAUCGUAUCCGGGGUCUCCCUAAUCGCCAGGACUCCCCUGCAAAGCGCCCAGCCCUAGGGAUCCGGAAGCGGCACUCAAGUGGCAGUGCAUCAGAGGACAGGUUAGCUGCCUGCGCCCGCGAGUAUGUAGAAUCCCUGCACCAGAACUCAAGAAUGCGGCUGCUCUAUGGCAAGAACAAUGUGCUCGUACAGCCGAAAGAGGACAUGGAGGCUGUCCCUGGCUACCUCUCCCUGCACCAGUCUGCAGAGAGCCUAACUCUGAAGUGGACCCCCAACCAGCUCAUGAACGGGACUCUGAGGGACUCCGAGCUGGAAAAGAGUGUUUACUGGGACUAUGCCCUGGUGGUACCCUUCAGUCAGAUUGUCUGCAUUCACUGCCACCAACAAAAGAGUGGUGGCACACUUGUGCUGGUGAGUCAGGAUGGCAUCCAGAGGCCGCCGCUGCACUUCCCACAGGGAGGACAUCUGCUGUCCUUUCUGUCCUGUCUGGAGAAUGGGCUGCUGCCUGGAGGACAGCUAGAGCCCCCACUAUGGACCCAGCAGGGGAAGGGGAAGGUGUUCCCCAGGCUACGGAAACGCAGCAGCAUGAGGUCCGUGGACGUGGAGGAGAAGUGCAUGGGGUGGGCCACAGACUACGUGUUCAGGAUCAUCUACCCCGGGCACAGGCACGAGCACAUCACUAUUAACUACCACCACCUAGCGGCCAGCCGCGCGGCCUCGGUGGACGAUGAUGAGGAAGAGGAAGAUAAACUACACACGAUGCUCUCAAUGAUCUGCUCGCGGAACCUCACAGCUCCCAAUCCGAUGAAAGAUGCUGGCGAUAUGAUUGAGAUGCAGGGCUUUGGGCCCAGCCUGCCAGCCUGGCACCUGGAGCCCUUAUAUAGCCAGGGCUCCUCCUGCCUCUCCUGCUCCUCCAGCAGCUCCCCAUAUGCCAUCCCCAGCCAUUGCACCUGCAUCCCUGACCGGUUGCCACUCAGGCUACUGUGCGAGAGCAUGAAGAGGCAGAUUGUGUCCCGGGCCUUCUAUGGCUGGCUGGCAUACUGCCGCCAUCUGUCAACGGUGCGGACCCACCUGUCAGCGCUGGUGCAUCACAACAUUAUUCCACCCGACCGGCCCCCAGGGGCUUCGGGCGGCCUCACCAAAGAUGUGUGGAGCAAGUAUCAGAAGGACAAAAAGAACUACAAGGAACUGGAGCUGCUGCGGCAAGUUUACUACGGAGGCGUGGAGCAUGAGAUCCGCAAGGACGUCUGGCCCUUUCUGCUUGGCCACUACAAGUUUGGCAUGAGCAAGAAGGAGAUGGAGCAGGUGGAUGCAGUGGUGGCAGCACGGUAUCAGCAGGUGUUGGCAGAAUGGAAGGCCUGCGAGGUGGCAGUGAGGCAGCGGGAGCGUGAGGCUCACCCAGCCACGCUCACCAAGUUCUCCUCGGGCAGCAGCAUUGACAGCCACGUGCAGCGCCUCAUCCACCGAGAUUCCACCAUCAGCAAUGAUGUCUUUAUCUCUGUGGAUGAUCUGGAGCCCCCAGGGCCUCAGGGCCCUGAAGAUUCCAGACCAAAGCCUGAGCAAGAACUGGGAGCAGGGACUCCGGGCACUGCCGUGAUAGAGCAGCAGCAGUCUGUGGAGUUUGACUCUCCAGACUCAGGACUGCCAUCCUCUCGCAAUUACUCCGUGACCUCAGGCAUCCAGUCAAGCCUAGAUGAGGGGCAGAGCAUGGGCUUUGAAGAGGAGGACGGUGGAGGGGAGGAAAGCUCUGACAGGCCAGUCUCUGCACCCCAUGCUUUCUCUGAGCCCCAAGAUCCCAGCCAGGAGAAGGCUUCGCGGACCAGCGAGCUGGAAGCAGGGCAGGAGCUCAUAGCUGUGUGCGCUGCUGCCUACACUAUAGAAUUACUGGACACCGUGGCCUUAAAUCUGCACCGCAUAGACAAGGAUGUGCAGAGAUGUGACCGCAACUACUGGUACUUCACGACCCCCAAUCUCGAGAGGCUCAGAGACAUCAUGUGCAGCUACGUGUGGGAGCACCUGGACGUGGGCUAUGUGCAGGGCAUGUGUGAUCUGCUGGCACCUCUCCUGGUCAUCCUUGACAAUGAUCAGCUGGCCUACAGCUGCUUUAGUCACCUCAUGAAGAGAAUGAGCCAGAACUUCCCCAACGGAGGCGCCAUGGACACCCACUUUGCCAACAUGCGCUCCCUCAUCCAGAUCCUGGACUCAGAGCUGUUUGAACUGAUGCAUCAGAAUGGAGACUACACCCACUUCUACUUCUGUUACCGCUGGUUCCUGCUGGAUUUUAAGAGAGAGCUGCUGUACGAGGAUGUGUUUGCUGUGUGGGAGGUGAUCUGGGCGGCCAGGCAGAUCUCAUCGGAGCACUUCGUCCUGUUCAUCGCCCUGGCCCUGGUGGAGGCCUACCGAGAGAUUAUCCGCGACAACAACAUGGACUUCACUGAUAUCAUCAAGUUCUUCAAUGAACGGGCUGAGUGUCAUGAUGCCCAGGAGAUCCUGCGGAUUGCCCGGGACCUCGUCCACAAGGUGCAGAUGCUCAUAGAGAACAAGUGAGGUCUGUGGCUGGAGGCAGCAGCCGCACAGAGCCUGGGCACCAGGACCCUGGGCUCCAGCAAAGAGACGUGCAGCGGUAUCACAACCCAGACUGUCCCAAAACCCUGCUGACCCUGGCUGCCCAACUGUGUUCCUAACAAAGUGAUUAUGAGCCCGGGAGGCGACUCUGGACAGUGCUGGCCCUGUAGGGUACGUCGGAGGCCAGGGUGCCCUCAAAUCAGAGCUGGGAUGGGAGGGGUAGGCCUCAGAGAGCAGCUGCCUUGGGGGACACCUCCUCUGCUCCCCUCAAACCAGUGGAAAUAGCCCCACUGCCACCUUCAGCCCCAGCCUGGACUGUUCCCCAUUGUAUCUCUCAAGUCAACUGGGGGCCCUGUAAGGUCAGCAGGAGUUAUAGUGGCCUGGGCCCUACCUAGUGAGGCUUGCGUAGGGAAAGGGGCUCUGUGCUGUUGUCUCUUCUGAGAGUCCCCUUGCAGGCCCAGUGCAUGUGUACACACCAGCCCCAGUUGGGGCAGCCAGAACAGCUGCUCGUUCGGGCAUGUGUCCUGGGUGCAGGAGACCUGAGCUGCCUUCCAGGCCCUCCCCUGCGAUUCUGGGGGGCAGUCAGAAGAUCUGGGCCCUGGGUAGGAGCAGCCCACCUAAACAGCACUGCCACUGCCUUUGGCAACCUGAGGUGACCCCCACGCACUCCCAACCCUGUACCGUGCACUCAUGUGUAUCUGCACAGUCUCAUUCUCGAUACCCUGCCCUGGCUUUAUGCAGAGAUACAUCCCUGAAAACUGUACAGGUGAUGCUCUUGCCAAUUGGAUGAUCUGGAAUGUGGUGGGAGCACUUCUUGUUGAGAAGAGUCACGAGGUGAUCCUGUAGGGAGGCCAUCCUGUCACAGCCUCCUUAGCAACAGGCCUCAGAGCUUCAGGGUAGCUCAUUGCCUGUCCCAGGCAUCUGCAGAGUCCCUGGGGCUGAGAGAGGCAGAAGUGCCUGGGUCUUCCUUGUUUGUCCCUGGUGAGAAGCAAGGCUAGCUCUGCCUUCCAUGUGCUUCUUGGGAUGCCAAGAGGCCAAGGGACCCAGAACCUACUUGGAGGAGAGCUGCAUUCACAGGGUGCCAGGAAAGAUGCAGCCCCUGACCCCAGGCCUAGGUGUGCGUCUUGCCAUCAUCCCCACCUCCCCCUCUACGCCAGCACAUGCAGGCUAGGGCUUGCCCUAGAACCUGGAGGCCACACCUGUGCUGGGGCCUGUCCAGCAGUCCCAGGGUCUGGCAGACUUCCUGUGUUUGAGACACAUGGGAAAGGGCCCAGCAACCCUCUGCACCCAGCAAAGCCUUCCUAGCCCACCCUACCCUGAGCACUGCAUGGCCUGUGUGGGGGCCGGCCCACCCCACUGCCCGCUCCUGUCUGAGUCCUUGGCCUCUACCAAGCACGGGUGGCUGUUGUGUGCCUGCCUUAGUGACUCUGAUUUUGUGAGGAGCAGAGUGUAUAUGUUUUUUGGCUCAGAAACUAUACUCUUCAGUGUAACAGACCAAUAAACAGCAUUUGGCAAUGCUU